AUUUAUUUGGAAAAUACCAAUUGUCAUGUGACAUACCAGGGUGCCGGUUGUUAUUGUUGACAUUGGAAAAAAUCGAUCUAUUUACAGCUCUUCGGGACCGCUCACGAAAAAUACCGAAAAAGCUUAGCAGUUGAUCCAAAAAUGGUCUUUAAAUGCCAGGAGGAUAGUUUUCUGAAGGAAUUUCAAACAAAGGUAGUGUCUUGCGAAAAAGUUGCAGGCGGCUUCAAUGUAAUAUUUGAAGAUACCAUCCUAUUCCCCGAGGGAGGUGGACAACCUACCGACCACGGAACGGUUGGUGGGCGGGCGGUAAAAUCGGUUGUCCGAAAGGGUUCCGAGGCCAUCCACUUCCUAGAAGACGAUGGCAACGACAGCCAGCCUUUCGCAACGGGAGAGCAAGUCGUCCAAUGCGUUGACUGGAACCGCCGGUUCGACCACAUGCAGCAACACUCUGGCCAGCAUCUCAUAACGGCUAUAUUUGAUCGCGAGUUCAAGUACAACACGAAAUCCUGGUGGCUGGGUACGGAAAGCUCGUACAUAGAUCUCGAAGCGAAGGACGUAACUCGCGAGCAGCUGGAAAUUGUGGAAAGCAUCUGCAACCAGCUGAUUGUCGAUUGUACUCCCGUCAGGGUGGAUGUAUACGAACCGGACGAUCCGGCACUCAAGUCCGAUGUUACGCGAGCAACUCGUGGCCUUCCGGACGAUGUGUCUGGUCCGUUGCGCGUGGUAACGAUCGCAGGCAUCGAAAGCAACAUGUGCUGCGGAACGCACGUCCGUAAUCUAGGCCAGCUGCAAUCCGUCAAGCUGCUUAGCGUGGAGAAAGCGAAGGGUAAGUGUCUGGUACACUUCCUGGUGGGUGGCCGUGUGUUGCGAAAGCUGUCCGAAUGCUACGAUCGGGAGGUCCAACUCAACACCCUCCUAAACGGUGGACCAUCUUCACACAUCGAUCUGGCAAAGAAGCUGCAAUCGACCGUACGGGCCACCCAGCGUAUUGCGAAGAAGUUAACCACCGAGCUGGCCACUGCCGAGGCGGAAAAGUUAAACCAACAGCGGGACAGCGGCAGUGCUCCGAAGCAUGUUUCGCUUCACAGAAGCGACGGUCAAGAUUCUGAUUUCAUCAACACCUUUCUGCGGAUGGUGAAGCUGCCGGAUUGCUUCAUCUUCCUCACGAACGCGGACACGGAUGGAAGCGGCAAAGGGCAGCUCGUUCUGCAGGGCCGCCCGGACGAUGUGGCGAAGCUAGGACCGGAGAUAUGCACGUUGCUGGAAGGCAAAGGCAACGGGAAAGGUACGCGCUACAACGCGAAGGUGAAUAAGUUGAAGAAUUUACCACAGUGCGAAAAGCUAGUCCAAGAAUACUUUUCUUCCUGUAAUGGUGGCACUACUGCUGCCGUUGUUGAGAAGUAAAAAAAAAACGAAAUAAAGCAUUGCUUUGAGUGA